UAUUUUUUCUUUUCUGAAACAUUUCUGAAAUCUUAUUCACAUCCAACAAUCUAUCAUCAAUUUACUUAAUUGAACACUGAGGAAUGAUGGAAAGCAAAUCAUCGAUAAACACGUUAAAUGUGGUAGAAUUUCUCAAUUCUGAAUUUGGUGAUGAUUUAACGAAAUUAAGUAAACUGCAAGAAGUUUUGGACCGAAUCGAAACCUAUGAAAGGGAAUUGGAAGAAGAAGUAAACCCUUCAAGUUUGGAUCAUGCCCAUGUGGCUAAUUAUGGUAAAAAAGCAGAAGAAGCAUUGAAAAAUAUUAAAGAUUUAUUAGAAAAACAGGAGGCUUUGCACUCUUUAAUUGAAGAUGAACUGAAAACUGCUGAACCAAUUAAGCAACACUUUGAACCAAGGAUUAAAGAACUAAGGGACACAGAAUGUCUUCUGAAUUACUUGCAGUGGAUUUUAAGAAUUGAAGACAAAAGUUCUCAAAUAGAAGAAACUUUAAAAGGAGGGGUAUCAGAUCAGCUUAUUGAUAUUUAUGAAGAAAUUCAAAGCAUUUGGAAGAAGCUUAAAGCAUCUAAAUGCAAAAAUGUGGUUGAGUAUUCUAAAAAGACGAUGCUAUAUUGGCAUGAAAUAUUGCUCGAAAAAUUUGGAUGUGAGUUCAAAAAAGUAUUUGAGAGCUUGAAUUGGCCAGUUCUUUCUACAAAUUUAUCUACACCUCUAAAUCAAUCCUCAGAGGCUUUAGUCAGGUUUAAUCAACUUUUUAUGUCGGUUUACAAAAUUGCUCUACCAGAUGAAUACACUAAAACAUUAGACAUUGUGGAAGGAAUUGAAGAUCCUUCAAUUUUAUUACCUUUACAACUCAUGUUACAGCCCCUGCAAAAGAGGUUUGCCUUUCAUUUUAUGGGCAACAAGCCUACCAACAGGCUUGACAAGCCUGAAUGGUAUUUGACGCAAAUACUUACAUGGAUAACUGAUCACACUAUUUUCCUUGAGGAAUCUGUUCAAUCUCUCUUAGACAAAGAAGGCUUAUCACGCUUCAAUGCAAGAAUUCAAAUAAUGAAAGGUUUGGUCCAGCUUGCCAUUGUACGUUUUAAGUCUGAUCUUACAUGUUUGAUUGAUGAUGACCGGUUGUUCAGUCAUGCCAUAGAUGAGAUUUUAUUAUUUUCUCAAGAACUUCGAAAUCAAGGCUAUCCACCUAGUUAUCCAAAUUUAACUCAGCUUUUGACUGAAGAACCUUGCUUUACAAGAUGGAGGUCUUUAGAACAUCAAGGUGCUUUGGAGAAAAUGGAUAAGUUUCUGAGCACAGAUUCAGCUUGGAAAUCUCGCUAUCAAGAUGAGAGUGAUAUAGAUGACAUGCUUGUGCCUGAAAGUGCGGAACUUUUUGUAACCCUUCUUCUUACUAUGACAGAAAGGUAUAGUAUCUUAGGGAAUAAGGACUGUCAAGUUUCAUUUUUGGAUCUUCAGUUGGAAUUACUUGAUGAUUUUCGAUUGAGAUUGCACCAGUUGUCUCAAUGCCAUAUGCAAGAAACAAUUCAACCUAGCUACUGUGGAAUCAUAAAUGGCCUAUACUAUGUAACUACAAUUCUAGAUGAGUGGAAUAAUGUACCUUUUUUCUUACAACUUUAUGCUUAUAAAAGGAAAAGAAAUGCUUAUGAAGAACUAUUAAGAGAGUCUGAAACUAAAUCUGCCUAUGUCCUAAGAAGAAGAAGUACCAAAACAGAUAAUAAUGAUGAGCUCUUAGAACAGUCUGUGUUUGACGAAAUCAUUGCUUUGUUCGAACACAUGCAAAAUGAUCUCCUCAAUACCUUAUGUGAACGAGUGUUGCUUGAUAUCAAAGCAAAAAGCAGACCAUAUAGAAAAGAAAAGUGGUUUUGUUUGCCAGUGCUAGACAAGAAAUUAAUUGAAAUUUCUCCAUCUGCUUAUCCAAUGCUGGAAGUUAUUAAUAGUAGUUUGCUAAGUCUUCAGGAGUUGUUAGCAAAACCUUUAUUUACUAAGACUUGGCAACGAAUUGCUGAAGAAUUGAAUAUUUAUUUAUAUGAGGAAGUGAUACUCCAAAAUAGUUUCAGUGAAGGUGGGGCAGCUCAGCUAAGUUUUGACGUGAAGCGAAAUUUAUUUCCUAUAUUUGGCUCUUACACACUAAAACCCGAGAAUUAUUUUAAAUUAGUUCGAGAUGCUUCUGCAUUGCUAAAUUUAAACAGUGCUCCUGCUAUGCUUUUAAAAGAAACAUUGAAGUGUGAAGACAGUCCAGAGGCUAAAACCAAUGCUCUCCAAGAGCUUGGAGUGUUCAGUUUAUCUCCAUCUCAAGCUCUUAUCAUACUUUCCCAAAGAACUUACUCUAAUUUAUAGUAAUUGAUUUAUCCUGAAUAAUAUAUAAUGAAUGUGAAUAUUGUAAAUAUAUUUUGUAAGUGUGUUA